CUCUUGGCUUCGGCCAAUUGGUUUGCUCGGUUCAGAGCGUUUUGUUGGACAGCCAGCUAUUUGGCGAGGAUAUCUUUCUGCUUUUCCAAGGCCUGGAGCUGGAGGCUCGGGGCGGUGAGCUCAUCUUGGUUGGACCCCGAGGGAUCUAUACCUUCGGGAAUUCCGUUGGGUGGGUGGUUGUCAUUUGCUGGGGAUUGUGUGGGAAGGUCUUCCAGAGAGGUUCGGGAAUCAUAUUGGGCGUCACCACGGGUGGGUCUGUGGCUUUCCUCUUUGUUUGUGCCAUCGAGGGUUGAUUUACGAGCUCGGAACACGGUGGGCGCCACUGUGGGGUUCUUUGCUUCUUUACAACCCAAGCAAAAUGCAUACACGAAGGUAGAAUUAAGCGGGGUGGCAGAGUUUCGCCCUCAUAUAUGCACGUGUCGAGUACAGGUUGGUUAGGGGGGUAUUUAUACCCCCAACCUUUAUUACACAAUGGCCUCAAUACCCUUACCUGCCCAGAAUAUUCUGUGAAUAUUCCGGGCCGUAGGUCAUUUUACAGGUUGGAAUGUACAAAUUGUCUACUCUAUCCGAUUCGUACUCGGGACGCUAUUCCGAAGGUCCUCUGCAACCUUCGGAUUAGUUCCGGAUCUUCGGGAGCCCUCUUGAUUCUUUGAAGAGUCUCUGAGGCUUCGGGUCUUCGGAGUGACCUUCGGGCUUCGAGAACCUUCGAUUUCAUCCGAAGACCUUCAGCCGCAUCACUUGACCUUCGGCUGGAAUGGUGACCUCCGGGCUCUGGCGACCUUCGGUACUUUUGGCUUCCAUGCUGCAGUCUAGGGCAACCUCCGGUACGCACGGUGGUGAUCCCCAACAUUCCUAAAUGGAGAUUCUGAAGAAGGAAGAAUAUUUGCCAGCAAUCACAUAUAUGCAUCAUAUGCAAGAUAGGGAGCAGGCGGCAAAGCUACAAAAGCAAGCACAUUCAGAAAAAAAAAAAGAAACAUGUGAAAGGAAGCCAUCGCAGUGGAGCAAAGAACAAAGCAAAAACUGCAGCAUUGAGCAGGGCAUCAUAAUCAUUCACAAGGAAACACAUCAUUCUGAGCGGCCGGGCAGCCGGCAGCCGGAUCCAACUUGCAUGCGCCAGCCAGCGAGACCUCCACCUUACACGCUUGUUCGUUCGUUCGUUCUAACCUUGGCAUUUGGAAAUAAAAUCAGCUGGCCCAUGGCUGGAGGGAAUACCACCAUAAGUUGCUCUAAGAUUACAUGCGACCCCCAUUUGGUGUCCUCAUUCCACAAGAGCAUGGAAGGGAAGAUAUGGCUUGUGAACGCACUGCAGCUCGCCGGUGCCAUUCUGGCUGGACUCAUAGUUGGGAUAGGCAUCUAUGGCCAGCGUUACCGCCACCACCGCUUCACCAGGUUUAUCUUCCUCGGAGCCACCACCCUGUUCUUAGCUAUCAUCUCCACUGUUGUCUCCAUGGGAUCGAAUGCCUACGCACAGACAAGAGUGAUAUCGACAACAAGGACCUCAAUCAAUUGGCUGCACAGUGCGGAUCAGUACCUGCACACUCGAUCCUGGUUGUAGUAUGGGCAUCCCUUAUUCAGAUUAUCAUGAUCAAUACCAGUGCAGUAGUUGCUGUCGAUGAUAGAGAAGGUGGGAGCAUGGGUCCUCCAUUUGAGCUGCUUGUUAAGGGAGUCUGGACCUUUUACCUUGGUAUCAGCUAUAUCAUUCCCUGGAUUAACACCGACCGCGGCGGCUUUGACCCCUGGAACAUAUUUAAUAUUGCCCUUGAAGUGGUGCCUUUUGCUCUCAUAUGUACUAAAAUGGUAUUCAAAUAUUAUUCAUUUCAAAAGGCACUGCAAUCCUUUGCUCUCGGACGCAAUCCCCAUCUUAUUUUUGGGUACAUGAAGCAACAAACAAGUCACCAUGGUGAACUAGUGGUAUCUGAGGAUGCACCUCCUCCGCUACUUGUUAUGGGAGAAGAGAAAAGACACGUGGAGAAGCAGCC